GUUCAGUAGAUAAGAGCGAUAUUGACUUGAAUAUCAGUGACUUGCAUGCGAGGACAUGUCUCAGUUGAUUUUAAUCAAAUGCUAAAUGUGAAAAUCUAAAGUUUUCUUUCAUUCACGCCAUUCGACAUUCGGAGUACGUUUCAAUAUGUUGGUUUCUCGACGAUUCUGCGGAUAAGCCGCGCACGAGUCUUAAGCGUUAAUGUCGACGUAACAUUUGUGGACAAUGGACGGAGAGGAUUCCGUAGACGUAGAUGUAGACGAGGUCGUAGAUGUGGACCCGCGGGAGCUGCAAGAGACUCUCCAGACAUACAGGAAACUCGCGGACGAUUUUGCGAACCAUGACACGAUUCUGAAGGAUAAGACAGUCUUAUCAUACAUAGCGUACGUUUUAGAAGUACCUGAUUUAGAUGUGGUUAAUUUAGCUCUGGAUAUUCUGGAGAUAUUUGUUAAAAAUGUAGACAAUUAUAUACACAUUACAUCUACUUUUGGUGUGCGCGAAUCCUUGGAGGGAAUUAUUAACAAGUACAGCUUGAAUGAACCAAAGAUAGCCGGUCGAGCGCAGCAUGUCAAAAAUGACAUAGAGCGUAUGAAACCGCCUAUAUAUAAUUUGCGCAGUCGUUGCAGGCGAGUUAUAGAACCCAAAAAGUUGAAAACACAUGUAAUAGUUUUACAUGUUCAGGGUUUAUUACCAGAGACCCGAGCCGAGUUGGAAGGGAUAUUAAUAAGAAUUGAAGGUCUUAUUUCGCUUGUUGUUGAUGUAGAGCAUCAACGUGUAACUAUGCGCACUUUGAAUUAUGUCACCGCUAAACAGAUUGCGGAAGCGAUCGACAAACAUACGGACAAUAUGGAAGCAAGAUUGGUUAUGAAAAACAAAUUUAAUCAAGAGUUUCUUGUAACAUUGAUACAAGUAGGCGAUUCCGACAGCGAAGGAUUGCCUGAUUACUUGCCCGAAGAGGAAGAAGAAGAUGAUAAGGAGGGAGUUGUGUCAUUAUUUACUGGUUUAAAGCAAAGCGCUUCAUCUUUAUAUAAAUCUACCGCAGAAUUUCUAAGUAGUUCAUUCUAUUGGUAG